AUGCCCUUGCUCCCGGGAUCCCGCAGCGGAGCCCCCUGCACACCUGUAAAGGCCGGGCGCGGUGUGUGUGUGGGGGGGGUGCGCCUGUGGCCCGGGGAUGAUCGAGAUGAUGGGGAUGAUGGGGAUGAUGGGGAUGAUGGGGAUGAUGGGGAUGACGGGGAUGACGGGGAUGAUGAGGAUGACGGGGAUGAUGGGGAUGAUGGGGAUGACGGGAUGAUGGGGAUGAUGGGGAUGACGGGGAUGAUGGGGAUGAUGGCGGGCAGCGGCAGCUGUGAGCCCAGCUGCGCGGCAGGUGCGGCCCACCGGCGCCCGCGCAGGAGUGAAGAGCGCGGCGGGCGCUUCCGGGAGCGGGGUCUGCGCCGCGGGGCUCGCGGUCCUCGCUCGGUUUCCGCAGCUGCGGAGGAGGAAGCGGGCCAGAGUCCCCCAGCCCCGGCCAGGAAAAUCGGAAGGUGGAAUCUUGAUAAAGUGAAUCCUUACACUGAGGUGCGCUGGGUGUGUGCGCAUGCGCGCACGCGCUCUCUCUGCCACCCAGGACUCAAGUGUGGGAUCCGCGCGGUUGACGUGAAAAGUACAGAAACUGUCUUGGAAACUGGGUUCUCUCCUAGAAUUGUUGGCUGGAGAAAUUCUACAGUCGGUGGGCAUCCGUGGCAGGUCUCCCUAAAAUUAGGGGAGCACCACUGCUGUGGAGGAAGCUUGAUCCAGGAGGAUCUGGUUGUUACCUCAGCACACUGCCUGGUUGGCCUCAAUGAGAAGCAAAUUAAGAGUCUGACUGUGACUGCUGGGCAGUACAGCCUCUCUCAGAAGGGUGAACAUGAACAGAAGAGUCCUGUCUCAAAAAUUAUUAUCCAUCCUGAGUACAAUAGACUUGGAUAUAUGAGUUCUGAUAUUGCACUGCUCUAUCUAAAACACAAGGUUGAGUUUGGAACUGCUGUUCAGCCAAUCUGUCUUCCCCAUAGAGAUGAUAAAUUUGAAGCAGGGAUUCUUUGCAUGACUAGUGGAUGGUGCAAGAUCUCAGAGACAUCAGAAUAUUCAAACGUCCUACGAGAAGUAGAGCUUCCCAUCAUGGAUGACCGAAUGUGUAACAGUGUGCUCAAGGGUAUGAACUUUCCUCUUCUGGGAAAGACCAUGAUGUGUGCCAGUUUUCCUGGUGAAGAAGAAGAUGCCUGCCAGGGAGACUCUGGAGGUCCGUUUGUUUGUAGAAGAGACAGUGGAAUCUGGGUCCUUGCUGGGAUAACUUCCUGGAGAGCUGGUUGGACUAGAGACUGGACUUCUUUAAGAACAAACCAUAGAGGGGCAUCAUUGGGCAUUUUCUCCAAGGUGUUUGUGUUGAUGGAUUUUAUCACUCAGAACAUAUUCACAGGUAGGUGUAAUUUCUGUGAAUUCACCCUUUCAUUCUACUUAUGUAUGUGGAGAAUAAUGGUACCAGAAGAUAAAAUUAUCCUGAUAAAAUUUACAAGCUUAGACAUACCAAAUCAAGUUGGAUGUGACCAUGACUAUGUAUCUUUACAAUCAAGCAAUGGAGUGCUUAUUAGUAAGGUCUGUGGAGGUCUGUUGCCUUCAUCAUUGCUGACAGAGACCAAUGAGGCCACAGUUACAUGCGUUUCUAGGACAGGAAACAGUGGCAACAGCUUUGAGCUGAACUUUACUGCUGUAUGGAAGAACUCAGGAGCAGGUUCAGGCUGUGGGAGUGUGGCUGCACCAGUGGAAGGAGGGACAAUUCACUCUGUCGAUUAUCCUGACUUGUAUCCCACGAAUGUAAGGUGUCAUUACUUCAGUCAUUCUCCAGAGAAACCCAUUAUAAAGUUGGAAUUUGAGGACUUUAUCACUGAAUUUAGCCAAAACUGUGUUUAUGAUGCUGUUGUGAUUUAUGGUGAUCCUGAAGAGGAGCACGAGUUAGAUAAGCUUUGUGGAAUCUUGAACCCUACUCCAGUAUUCAGUUCUAAUUACAUGCUGGUGAUUCAUUUUAAAAGUGAUGGUGAAAAUACCUUCCAGGGCUUCAAGGCUAGAUUCACCUUUGUGCUCUCAGACUCUUUAAACCAAGUUGGAUCAACAUCAACCCCCAAAAUCAAUCCCGUAUCUUCUGCAAAAGCUAUUCCAUAUGAUGAUUUCAUCUUCUUUGCUGUAGGCAUCUGUGGCAUCCCUCCAUUUAGUCUCCAGUGGCUUUCCAGAGGAAUUGUAGAGGGCGAAGAAGCCUGCCCCCACUGCUGGCCAUGGCAGGUGGGUGUGAGGUUUCUAGGUAGUCACCAGUGUGGAGGGGCCAUCCUCAACCCCACUUGGAUUCUGACUGCAGCCCACUGUGUGCAAUCGAAAAAUAAUCCUCUCUUCUGGACCAUUGUUGCUGGGGACCAUGACAGAACCCUGAAGGAACCAACAGAGCAGGUGAGGAGGGUAAAACACAUGGUGGUGCACGAAGACUUCGAUAGACGGAGCUCCGACUCGGACAUCGCCCUGAUACAGCUGAGCUCUCCUCUGAAGUUCAACUCCGUCGUGAGGCCGGUGUGUCUCCCGCAAAGCACGGAGCCGCUCCUGUCCUCGGAGAUCUGUGCUGUGACUGGAUUGGGAAGCAUUAGUGAAGAUGGCGGCUUAACAAGGCGCUUCCAGCAGAUUCGGGUGUCCAUGUUGGAAAGCGAGGGGAGCGAACGUACUUACUCCUCUCACCCAGGAGGGCUCACGGAGAAGAUGAUGGGUGCUGGCUUUGCAGACUCUGGAGGGAAAGAUUUCUGUCAGGGAGACUCUGGUGGCUCAUUAGUAUGUAGACAUGAAACUGGUCCCUUUGUCCUGUAUGGCAUUGCUGGCUGGGGAGCUGGCUGUGCCCAGCCAAGGAAGCCAGGUGUAUUUGCCAAGGCGAGUGUCUUCUUGGACUGGAUCCAAUCCAAAAUCAAAGGUGCAGGUCCUGCUUCACUUCAGAUAAAUAAUGAAAGCAAAACCUUACCAAGACAACAGUUGCCACCACCCCCACCCUCAACAGACAAUGCAUCUGGACCAGGUUGUUACUCUGAGGUGGAACUAGAAGAACCCAGAGGCUUUUUCUCAACUCCAGGAUAUCCACUGGAUUAUAGAGGAGAACUGGAAUGUUCUUGGGUGCUCAGAGUGUCCCCGAACAGUAUGGCAAAAUUGACGGUUGAGUACCUGUCACUGCCUUGGUCUCCUGUGUGUCCAGAUUCAGUUAUGACUAUUUACGAAGAAAGCCAUGAUGAGAGAAGGGUGUCAGGUGAAUUAUGUGGAAGAGGGCUUUACCCAAUGAUUUUCAUGAGCUCCGGACCGCUGGUGAGAGUGGCAUUUCAUUCCCUUGUGCAAGGUGCUUUGGGCAUAAGUUAUAUUGUCUUUAGAGUCCAAGGUCCAAAGGGCAGCAAAACUACCAAACUUCUCCAGAGUUCAAACCAAGAACAGACAGCCACUUGGGAGGAUGUUAUCCUGACUAAACCAGGAGGAAUCAUACAGAUCCCAAGAUACUCUCACAGAACCAUUAUGAGUUGCCACUGGAAGUUAUCAGCCCCUUUACAGCACGUCAUUCGCCUUGAUAUUAUCAACUCCCAGAUGAAGCCGACGCCCUUGGCCUGUCAGGGUCACAUGUGGGUUUAUGAAGGAUUUGGAUCAGGCAAAAAAUUAAUAGGUAACUAAUAUCCCAUGAAGAACUAUGCUC